AUGUUCUAUUCCGAGACUCUCCUGUCAAAGACGGGGCCCUUGGCCCGCGUCUGGCUGUCCGCCAACAUUGAGCGCAAAUUGUCCAAGUCGCAUAUUCUGCAGUCCGAUAUUGAGGGCAGUGUCAGCGCCAUUGUUGAUCAGGGCCAGGCUCCCAUGGCCCUGCGACUGAGUGGUCAGCUGCUACUGGGUGUCGUUCGCAUUUACAGCCGUAAAGCGCGUUAUCUGCUCGACGAUUGUAACGAAGCUUUGAUGAAGAUCAAAAUGGCAUUCCGCCUUACAAAUAAUAACGAUUUGACAACAACUGUGGUCGCGCCGGGUGGUAUUACUCUCCCCGAUGUGCUGACCGAGUCCGACCUUUUUACCAACCUUGAUACUUCGCUUCUGUUCCCGCAAAACCUCAACCUGGAGUCAGAUGGCAAGCAUUCCGCUGGUAAGGAUUUUGCCAGCAGCCAGUUCGUCCCUGACAGCAGCUACCGUCGCUCAGUGUCCCAAGAACCUGCCCGCCUUGAAGACCACACCCUCGUCGACCUGGAUUUGGGUGAAGAUGAGCUCCCCCUUGGCAUGGAUAGGUCUAUGGAAAUUGGUCGAGACGCUCCCCCAGCUCGCCCAUUGGAAGACGAUUACAUCAACGACUCUGGAAAGCUUAUUGAUAACGACCUGGAACUCGAUUUUGGCGAUGACGAUGCCCCGCUUGAUAAGAUGGACAUGGGUGGCGAUACCCACGACAACAUCGACAACCUUCUGCAAGAUGAUGGAAUGGACCUCGGUGAUGAUGAUUUCGGUGGUGAAACCCCACGUCCCGCCGAAAACCGCGUCCGCAACUCAGAGAGCCCUCUCUCCGAUGCUGGCUCUGCCCAGAUGCACCAGCUUGAGGAAGAAUUCAACCAUGAUACCACUGCCGAGCCCGAGACUGGUAAACAGACGCAGCGAGCUAAGCGCCAAAAGGUUCUAGAACCUAUCAAGAUGGACAAGGAAAUUAACUACUCGACUGCCGAAGUCCGUGCGCUGCAAACUGAUCGCUCUGCCAUUACCAAUCCCCCUGCCUACCUUCCCCGUGACCCUGUCUUCCUCACCCUUAUCAACCGUCAGCAGAAUGGCGAGUUCGUCUCAGGCAUUUUUGGUGAGGAGAGCCACCGUGGCUGGGCCCCUGAAAUCCGUGGUCUGUUGUCACUUGACUCCGUUAAGAAGGCCGGUGAGCUCAAGCGCAAGCGCGACAGCGGCAUCUCCGACAUGGACCUAGCCGGUGCUGACGUUCCCGCCCUGGAACUCGGUGAUGAUGAGGCUCUUGUUGCCGACGAUGAGGGCAUCGCUCUCGACACUACCCUAAACCAGCACCCUGAGAUUGACUUCCCGGGUGACGCCAGCCACUCGGAGCUGCAAUUCAACGAUGACGAUGGCAUGAACCACUCCGUCGAUGAUCUCGAUGACACCAUUCGUCCCGUCGACAAUGAGCCCGUCUCCAUGGGCACCAAGCACGCCGUCCACAUCCUCCGCGAGCGCCUCGGCGAUUCCGAACAGAAGAAGAGCGUCCUCUUCCAGGACAUGCUCCCAGAGCAGCGAUCCAGCAAGGCCGACGCCACCAAGAUGUUCUUCGAGGUCCUGGUGCUGGCCACGAAGGAUGCUGUCAAGGUGGACCAGGGUUCCAAGUCCCUUGGCUCCGCACUGAAGAUCGGCGGCAAGCAGAACCUAUGGGGCUCGUGGGCCGAGGAGAAUGCUGCGGCUAGCCAGCUGGCCCAAGUCCUGUAA